UUUACAUUGCGUGCUUGCGUCAUAAACAAACUGUAAAAGCGGAUGUUGACGGAUUAUUUAAAAGAGUAAGCGCUAACGUUACUUUUUGCUAUAAUUUCAAUAUCACAUUUGCUUAACAAAAUAUCCGACUAAUUUAGCAAGUCAAACAAUGUUAACUAGGUUAACUAUCAGCGCCAAGAUACACUAAAAUGAGUGAUAGCAUCGCUAGCUAGGAGUUAGCCUCGGAUGAUGUUUCCAUGGUGAUGGAACGUUGCGUUCAACGACUGUUUACGUUAGUUUACUGGCUGUUGAUGUUCGCUUCGAGGAGGUGAAACCAACGUUAACUUAGCUGUUUAACUAAUUAAGUUAACUACACUGAUUGCUUGAUUAGUAAUGAACAGAGAUGUCAUCGGGGUUUCAGCCCUCCGAUCCUCAGAUUAUUCGGCUUUCUGACAAUAAUGGCGCUCACAAAACUAACAGGAGCAGGAACAACAGAGACACAUGACGCCUCUCAUCGGCUGAGAUUUAACAGCCUGACACUGGAUGAAUUGAGUGAGGAGCUUGAUAGGCGCACCAAGGAAACACAGAGGCUUCAGGAAGAGGUGGAAAAUGCAACUAAAAUAACCUUGGAGAGGUUUGGCUGCACAUAUGGCAACCGCAGCUCACCUGGACAAAGCUGCCACAACCACAGAUUUAAUGUCUAUGACUCACCUGAAGAUUCCAGUGUUCUUUCAACCCAUCGGCAGGCAGUGACUCAGCCCCCGGUCUGUGAUCUGGAUAGUUUAAACCAAGAGGAUAUCAGCUCUCCUGGAAAGGAGGUUUUGGAAAAUACAAUAGAUGACUGUCUUCAACAGCUGUCUGACUUGCAGCUCAACAAGAAACAUGAUCAACCUGAACAAGAGACAUCCAGUUUAGACAGAGCCAUCGUGAACUUGCAGGCUAAGUUGUAUAAAAUCCAGAAGGAGAAGGACGGCCUGUCUGACCUCAGAUUGAAGGAUUCAAGGACACACGUUGGUCAGAUGGAAAAGAUGCUGUUCAUGUUGGAGGAGCUCCAAAACAUCAAAAGGGCUGAGGACCAGAAGCUGCUCGAGACGGAGGAUGAGGCGUUGGCACUUAACAGGAAAGUAGAGACGUUGGAACGAAAUGUAAAGGAGAUGUACUCACGAUUAUCUCAGAGUAGAGACAACGCCAUCACCAGUUCUAACGUCGCCACGUUCAGACACCCGGCACCGGCUGCUAAGCUGACCGAAGAUUUUAAGAAGACGGACGAGCUACAAGAGAGAUCUUUUUUGUCAGUGAAACAUCUGGGGAGUGAGGAAAGCAGUGGCGUAAAUAAGCAAAAAGAAAGAAUGGAAGACUUGAUUGCAAGUCUUGGCCAGGAGAUGGUGCUGUUGACUGAUAAACUCAGUUCAUCAAAAAACAACAGUGUCAGCCUAAGUGUCAAGUUGGAGCUGCUAAAGAAACUUGCAGAGAGACAGACAUCACUGCACCAGUGUCAGGUCAAUGAACUUGAGUCAACCCUCUGCAGCCAUAAAGAUAAGGUUUGUAGUCUGGAGCAGCAGCUCAUUCAGACUCAGUCCCAGCUGGUGGACGCCCAGAGAGAGAGAGAGCGAUCUUUACAACAUGCAGAGGAGUUUCUGUCCCAGCUUGGCCAACUUAAGAGGUGCGGUAAGCAGCAGCGGUGUGAGAUCCAGGAGGAGGUAAAGGCCCUGAGAGGACAGCUGGAAUCGGCCAGGGAGGAGACAACCUGCCUGCAGGCCCUGCUGGAGCAGAGGACCCAGGAGGGGAGGAAAUCCCAGGAACUCCUGGAGGAGAAAAACAAGGAACUCCGGCUCAGGCAGCAAGAAGCCCAGCAACAUCUUGCCAGGUUGGAUAAGACCAAAAGCUGCUGCCAGACUCUGCAUGCAGAAGGAGAGACACUGAGGCUGAAGCUGCAUGACAGAGAGAGGAUGAUAGAGAGCAACAUCCAGAUGCACAGCCGCACCAUCGACGACCUUCACCAGGAGAACAGCCUCCUCAGCAACCAGCUAAACCAGCACAAGCUGGAGUUUCAGCAGCUCAGGGCAGAGUUAGACCGGCACAAGUCAGACCUGGCUGCGGCGGAGCACGAGAGGCGGCAGCUGCAGGCCUCUGUGGCUGAACAAAGUCAGCGUGUCCAGGAGGAAACUCUGGAGAAACAGCAGCUCACCAUCCAGCUGGAGGUCCAGCGCAUGCAGUUUCUCACCCUCACUAAGGAGCACAAGGAGCUGCAGCAGCUCCACAGCUGCAAGAACGAGGAGCACGAGGGUGCGGUGCUGAAGCUUCAGAGUCGGCUGAGAAACGCCCAUGACGAGCUGGACCAGGUCGGGAGCACCCUGAGGACCCUGGAGGGAGCUGACGGACACGGCCUCCAAGUAGCCAUGGACAUGCAGGAGGAGAUCACUGCCAGGAGAGAGCAGGUCGACUCCCUGCAGGGCAAAAUACAACAUUUAGAGGAGAUUAUGGACAAACUGCAGCAGGAGAAGCGCUACCAGAGCCUCGAGAACGAGCGUCAGCUCCAGCAGCUUACCUUCGUCAGGGAGGAGAAGAGACAACUUGGUAAUGAGCUGGAGGCCGUUCACUCCAAAGAUAAACAGCUGAGGGAGCGGAUCGGCCAGCUGGAGGCAAUCCUUCACAAGAUGUCAGAGAGUUUUGCAGACUGUCAAGAUUUCAUCCAGCUGCAGGAGCAGGACUUUUUCCGUCUGAAACUCCAACACGCCCUGGAUUUGAAGGAGCUCCAAGGUCCGAAUUUGCGCACAGCUCUUAAUGCACCUCCACCUGACCUCCUGAACUCCCCGUCCCCAUCUGCACUCACCGCUCCACCCUCCUCCCAGCACGCCUCCAACACCCAGAUCACAACGCAGGAGAGCCCCGCCUGGGAGCGCAGGUUUCUCGUCAAAGAGCUGAGAGGAGUGAUUUCGGAGAACCGCAGACCACACACAGAUAACAGGAGGAGGUCCGCACCGGAGAGAGUGCAAGGAACCACAUUCACUGACAAGGCAGAAGAAGUAAAAGCUGACUCCAGAUUGAGAAGAAAAACCUGCGGCAGCGAGCCACAUUUCCCGAAGGCAGCCGAGCUCAACGGAAAAAUAAACAACGACAAAUCCUUCAAUGAGAACCGUGUUCUCUCGAGUCCAGCGACUGCAGCGAGGUACAUUUCCUCCCCACAUCUUUUCUCACUGGGCCGCAGGUCACCCGUCCACACUCUCUUGACCUCUGACCCCAACAGCUGACAGUGACACAACAGACCUGAGGCUGACUCCUCUUAUCAAAAGCUCAUUUUUUAUUUUGAAGGCUCCCCAGAUGAAGAAUGAAAUCACCAAUCAUGUGUAUUUUUGUAAUUUAUUGUUUAAAUAAAGUUUAAAAAAAUU